UGCGUCACGUGGUUUAUGUUUACUUUCAAGUUGCGUUCGGCGUUUUCGGCUUCGAGAAUGUCAGCGAGCGCGCCGAUGUGACUGCUGCGCGCUUGACAGUAUCGUCAUAAAACGAACUGUUCUUUAAUCUCUGUUCUGACAAGAACGGUACCAAUUGUUAAGAAUGUCGGGAGCAGCUGCCUGCAGUUCAUGAAGACAAUUCGCCACAUUUUAAAUAUGAGCGACAGGGCAUUCGAAAAUGAGUUUCAGGACUACGACGACACCUCCGACGUCGUACUUCCCGAAGGAAAGCUCACGCACCGUUUCCAAACCGAAGUACGAUCGAACAUUUUCAAACUUGUCGAAAAAUUAGACAAACACUUGACCAGAGGCACUGACUGGAGUGACAGCUCCGUUUAUACCGGGACAACAGGCAUUGCACUCCUGUAUAUUCACCUGAGUGACGUCUUUGAGGACGACUCGUAUCUGGCAAAGGCCCUGCCUUAUGUGCAAAAGCCCCUGUCUUCUCUCCGUGGUAAGCGGUUUUCCUUCCUGUGCGGUGACCCAGGACCUCUAGCAACGGGUGCCUACAUCUAUCACCGCCUGGGCAAGAAGGAAGAGUCCCACAAGCUCAUCAAAAAGCUGGUGGCUCUGGCAGAUGAGGUCGUACCACUGGACUCGGAUAUCCCGGAUGAGCUACUCUACGGUAGAGUGGGCUAUCUUUUUUCCCUACUCUACGUACGCAAGAACAUCUCCCAUUCAGCCGUAGACGAUGGCUUGGUCCGACAAGUGAUGUCAUCGGUGUUGAAAUCUGGGCAGCAGCUGGCCAAACAGAUGAAGAUAUCAUCUCCUCUAAUGUACCAAUGGCACGACAGCUACUACCUGGGGGCUGCACAUGGUCUGGCGGGCAUACUGUACAUGUUACUGCAGGCCAAAGAGCAGUUGAGCCCGUCAGAGAUGCAGUCCCUGAUACAGCCGAGCAUACGGUACUACCUUGGCCUGAAAUACCCAUCUGGGAACUUUCCCUCUUCCUUGGGGAGUCAGACGGACAAGCUUAUUCACUGGUGCCACGGUGCCCCCGGAGCCAUUCAUCUGUUUGCAUUGGCGCACACUGUCUUUGGAGAGGACGCUUACCUGAGUGGAGCUCGUCGAUGUGCAGACGUCAUUUGGAGCCGUGGUCUGCUGAAGAAGGGCUACGGCAUCUGCCACGGAGUGUCAGGAAACGGCUAUGCCUUUCUACGGAUGUUCCAGCACACUGGGAACGCAAAAUACCUGCACAGAGCUGCUAAGUUCUGUGAGUGGUGCUUCGACUAUGGCCAGCACAACUGCAGGACCCCUGACAGGCCAUAUUCACUUUUUGAAGGUAUGGCAGGAACCAUCUACUUCAUGGCAGAUAUGCUGCAACCAGAAAAGUCUGCAUUUCCAGCAUUUCAACUCUUCUGAAUUGCUCCUGCAAUUCAGAUGUGCUGUAAGAUUUUGCACAAAUAAAGUGUGGAUGCCAAUUGUAACCAAA